AAAAUUAUAAAGCAACCAAACAAGUAGGCAGUCAAUUUAGAAAAAUAAGAGAUGAAAAAAGAUGACAAAGAAUUAGAAGAAUAUAUUUAGAGAGAAAAAAAUUAUUUCAAGCACUAAAGGUCUUUGAGAUAACAAAUUAAUGGUGGAAAAUUAGUGAAUAACAAUUAAACAUACCAUGAAAACAGCAAGCAGUUUCUAAAAACCAUGUAUCAACCUGCAAAUCUAGCUUAAUAAUCUUCACAUUAGCAAAUAUAUUUAAAAAAUUUCUAAGAUGGUGUUAAGAAUAAUUAGGAGCAAAAUGUGAAAAGUAGUUAAAUAAUUCAUACAUUGCAAUCUAAAUAGCUAUCUCCUACUCAUCUAAGUACAGAUUCAAAUAUAAAAUCGCUCAUGAAUUUAUAAAUUUUACCUUUUAACUCUUCUACAGAUUGCUAGAAUAGUAGCAUAAAGAAUUAUUAUAAAAGUAUCUCUAACAGCUAAACAGACUUGCAGUUUUAAUAAAGUAGAGAUAACUUUCAAUAAAAUGAUGUUAACUAAAUAAAAUCAAGUAAUGAUAUAGCAUAUUAAGAUAGAAUGCUUCAUGAUAAAAGUGCUCCUCAUCAAGAAUUUGUUUCAAGAAAUAGCUCUUUAAUUAUUCCUAAAUCUUCUUAAAGUAGCAAAUCUAAAUAAUUAAAUGAAGACAAUCAAAAUAUUUUUUAAUCAAAUGCUUUCAAUUUUUAAUCCAAAAGAGGCUCCUUGCCUAAUAAUAUUUAUCUUACUCCUUUACAUUCUCGAACUCAUACACCACAAGGUUUUUAGGCUAUAAAUUAGAAUGAGUAGCAAAAUGAUGGAUUAAAAUCUCAAAGUAACUUAUAAAAAGCUCUUGAUAGUCUAGGAAUUUCUUAAAAGUUAAAUAAUGACAAGUUUUUUCUUUCCAGUAGCAAAAAUAAACUAAAGAAAAUAACUUAAAGUGACAACAGCUAAAUUUAGCAGCACCUCAGUGAUAAUAUUAUUUAAAAUAAAUUGUCUUCCUAGAUUAAGAUAUAAACUAGUAUCCUCGAAGACAAAAAAAUAUAAAUUGAGAGCUCUAUAAUAUCUGCAAAUAAAGCCUAGAUCAUGGAGCAAAAAAGAUAAAAGCAGCCAAAUAAUGUUUACAAUAAAUUUUCUUAAUUUUCAAUUGAAAACGACAGUAAAAACAUUACAGUUAAAGAUUUCAAUAAGUCAAACGUGAGCAAUUUAAGCAUAAUCCUUUCUCCUAAAAAAGUGUAACAAUCCACUAACUUUAUAAGCAGCUAAAAUUCUCCUAAAAGUUAUAACACAACAAAAGAAAUGCUGUAUGAAACUAAUAUCAAAAAAAUAAAAGAAAAGUUAGAAUUGCAAUUAUUAGAGCUGAUUCCAUGUGAUGCAUUUUUAAUUGAUGAAGAAGAGCAAUAAGAAGUCAAUUAGUAGGAUUGGAAAUUCAAAAAAUUACAUUUUCCCAAAGAGGAGUAUUAUCAGACAAAAUUUGAUAAAAUGAGUUAUAAUAUAAUAAAUAACAGGGAAAAUAAUUAAACUUUUUAAAGCAAAUUAUUUUAAAUUCUUUAAAAUAAAGACCAAAUUGUAGUUCACACUUCAUAAAAUAAAGAUUUGAUGCACAUAAGUGAAAGAAAAGACAUAGUAAGUUUAGCUUAGUGGUACGAAGACAUGCUAAAUUAAAUUUAUAAUGAAUCAAACUUAACUAAAUAAUCUCUAAAUUAAUAAAAUGAUGUAACAUAUUCUAAGUUAUUUGGGGAUCUGUAAGCUAUUCAUUAAGCUUGCAUUUCAGAAAUCAUAAGACAAAUAUCGAUACAUUCAGUAGAGAGAGGUUAAUUACUAAAAAAAGUUCAGGAGAAUCUAAUGUUUUUAAUGAAAGAAGCUUUUUCUAGGUAGUACGAGGAGAAAAUAUAGUUCCAAAAAGAUGUUCAUAAGGAGAUCUAAAGCAUCCACAAAGAUUGCAUAAAUAAAAUAGAUUACUAUAUCCCUUUGAUUAGCAAACUAACUGAAGAGUUAGAAAAAAAAGAUGUGUUAAAUAAGAGGAUUGUCCUAGAAUUUCGUUAUUUGAAGAAAAAGAAUCAUAAGCUUGAGAAAUUUUUAAAGGAAGGCAGAAAAGAAUAUAAAACUCUUCAGUAAGAUUAUAGCAAACUCAAAAAAUAGUUAGAAGAUUUACAAGUAUUUCAUGAAUAGAUGUCAAAUAAGUAACAAGAGGAGUAACAAAAGAUGUAAGAACAUUUCGUCAAACAACUAGAAUAAGUUGUUUAGCAAACAUAGCAGCAACAAGAAUAACAAAUCCUCAAAAUGAAGAAAGAAAAUUAAUAGCUCAAAGAGCUAUAAAAUAAAUUUGAGUAAGAAUAAAAGGAUUUAAAUCAAAAAUACUAAAUAAAUUAAACAGAGAUAGAUGAUUUUGAAGAACAAGCUUAAAAAGAAGAAUUUAUUUCAGUUGAAAUGAUACAAAAUAACCAAGAAAGAUCAUAAGUUAGUUUGUAUUAAAUAGAAUCAACUGAGAGAUAAGUAAUUGAAAUGGAGGGCUUGGAUGGUUUAAAGUUUGUUUUAGCCUCAGUCGGGAUUUAAGUUGGUUAAGAUUUAAUUCAAAGAAACGAUUAAGAAACAGAAACAAAAGAUUACUUCACAACAUCUGAAUUUGAAACUUAGACUGAUGCUCCUCCAUAAAAAAUUUGUCUAUCUUAACAGAGUUAGACACCAUUAGAAUGGAUGAAAAAAAUAAAUGAUUCAUUACAGGAUUCCGAUUAAAAAAACCUGAAGUAAAGCUAAAAUCUAACAGUAAAAAAAGAAGAUUCUUUAUUUUUGAAGAAAGUGCAAUCUUAAAUCGCAUCGAAUGAUAAAUCGUAAUUAAAAAUUGAUUUCAACGAUAGAAUAGAUUCUCCUGUGAAUAAGUAUAUGAACAGGACCUUAUCAGCUAAUAAGUUUACUAUGUUUAUAGAAGCUAUCUCAGAUGAUAGAAUUGACGUCAAAUCAUCAAGCACAGAUAGAAAUGAGCAAGAUAUGUAUUCAAGCUUUAAUCGUGAUAACUAUUAAGAAGAAUAAAAGGAUUUAAUUGAAGAGUAAUCAAUUUCUCCUAAACCUAUUAAUUAUAAGUAAACCCUAGAGAAUACUCUUAAAGCUAAUAUUGAAGAGGAUAUCUCAGAUUUACAUUUAAUACUAAAUUCAAAAUAGAGAUUUGUCCUUGAAGUCUUCUAAAAAAUUAUCGAUCAUAACCUGCUCAAAGAAAGCGAAUAUCUCAACAUAGAAGACCUGAAAUUAUUCAUCUAAGAUAGUAAUGCAUUUAAAUAUGAAGAAAAUCUAAGAUUUAGAAAUAUUUGGAACAAAUGUAAGCUUUAGUUAAUUGAUUAUGUCAAAUCCAAGAUACAUCUUGCUGAAAAGGAGGUAGAAAUAGAAGAAGCAAAUAAAAACAUAGACUUUGGAAAUAAUUUGUACGAAAAGCUGAUCGUGGAAUAUGAAAAUGUUUUAGAAUAGAUAAGCUCAAACAGCAAAAAAAUUAGCAACUCUAAAAGAAACUCUGUUACUUUAUAAAAUCCUAUAUCUGGUACUCCUUCUUAAAACUCUAUUAUCCUUGAGACAGAAGAUCACGAAGAAGAUCAAAAUAAUACUGCUUCAGCGAAAAAAAAUAAGAAUAAGGAAUAAAGCAACAUCUAAAUUACAGUUAAAAAACCUCAAAAAGAAGAAAGUUCUCCAUAGAUGAAGCAAAAUAAUAGUCAAAUUAGGAUGAACAAAAAUAAACAAACAAGCAGCCCUAAAAAGAAAAGGUAAUCUUUAUCCAUUCCCGUUAAAUAAAGUUCAUCAUCUCUAGCUAGAAAAAGUGUAGAAAGUAAGUUUGAUCAAAAAAACUAAAAUUAGUAAAGUACACUUAUAGAUGAUAGCAUUUCUAUUGAAGCUGAUUUAGAAACGGAAAGACCAGAAUCCCAAAAGUAAAAAAGUUAAAAAACUUUUUCUAAAAUAGUUAGUUUAGUCAUCAAUAAGAAUAAAAAAUCUUAAGGAAAUUAGUAAAAAUCAGUUUAAUAAAAAAAUCAUGAUGCUCCUGAAACAAUAUCAGACGACAUUAUACACAAACAGAUAGUUCAACCUAAGUCUUCAUUAAUUGAUUUAAUUAAGAACUACAGAUUUAAAAAACACCAACUUAGAAAGAAAUAUGGUUUAUAAAGUUCCCCUAAUUAAGAUGCUGCUUUCAAUUUCCUCUAAACAUCUGGUUAUAAAAUUAUGAGUACAAUUUCAAAAAAGAAUAAAGGACCUAUAUUCACAGAACAGAAUACUAGAAAAUACAUUUCUUUGAUAUACAAUGAUAAAAUCAAGUAAAUUAAGAGCAAAGAUAAGAGCAAUCCUUUGCAUAAUGUUGCCUAUGAUUUCUUCUUAAAUAAGUUUGGCUUUAAAAAAUUAGCUGAAAAAAAUCUUGUACAAUUUUUAAGAAGUUUGUAAUAUCACAACACAGUUGAAAGAGUGAAGAUGUUUUUAAGAUUUUUUGGAAUAGAUCAUGAGAUAAAUUAUGAUAUAGAUGAUUUUAAUUUCUACAUAAAUUGCAUAAUAGUAUUAGAUGAAAAUCUUCCUUAAAUAUAUUAAACUUUUUCAAUUUAUUCUAUCCCUAAAGUCAUUGAAAUACUAUUUAAAUAGUUUGAAAAUAAAGUAACUUAAAAGAUUUUGAAUAAAAUAAAAUAAGAUAUUGAAUAGUUAAAAUACUUAACAAAUGAAUAAUCUCUCAAAAAUAAAAAUGUUAUUGAUUAAGACUAAGCUUUAAAUUGUCUUUUAUAAGCCAAAAUAGAAGAAAAAAAGGUAAAUAUUAUAGCUUUAAGACCAAUCUAUUUAGCAGGUGAUGUAGACAAUGAUUAAGUUAUAGGUUAUGAUGAAUUUGUUAUGCUGACUCGACAUAUAUAAGGUGGAAUGGAUAAGCUGACAAUCAUGCAAUUAUUUUUCUCUAACACUGAUUUAAUAGAUGAUAUUACAUAAGAAAAAACAAUGAGUUUCUAAUAAUUUGCACAGAUAUCAGUUGAAAACAACUUGUUCAACUUCGAAAAAUAGUAGGCUUAUUUACAGCAUGUGGAAGAAUGGGAUCAAAUUAAAAAUAUUAAUAUUUUGAAAAAAUGUUGGCAACAAAAGAAAGAUGUUCUUCGACUUCGUUUUGUAAAAGCUCAGCAAUAUAAAAACUUUUAUAGACUUAUGAUAUAAAAAAUAGAUGAUUAUUUCUUAUCUUAGUAAUAUAGUUAGAUUGAUUUAUAACACUAUUAAUAAAAAUAAUCUUUGACUAAGAUUUAAAACUCUUAGUCUUCAUUAAUGGAAAUUGAAGAACCUAAUUAAUCUCCACUUCCUAAGUAAUAAAAAUCUCAUCAUAAUUUGAGUAUCCCAACUUAAGUCCUACAAUAGAUGGAUUAAGAGUAACAAGAAAAAUAAAACAUAUCAUGGCUCUUAUAUAAACUAUUAGAUGAUGAAUCCAAAAGAGUUGUUGUUGAUCUUCAGAUAGAAUAACUUAUUCCAUCUGAGUUUACUUGCUUUGCUGACGUUAUAGAAUAACUUGCAUCAGAUAAUAAAUUUUUAACUUUAAAUGUGAAUAAUAGAGAGUCUCCCUAGCAAGCACGCAGUUGA